GGGAGGAUCCCGGCCGCCCCUCCUCGGCCGUGCCCGCGGCGGUCCCCCCCCGCCGCCCGCCGCCGCGUGGUAGCGCCCGGCACGGCGGGAGGAGGGCGCGCGGCGGCGGCGGCUAAAGGCGGAGCGGCACCUCGCGUGGCUGGCGGCGCCCCGGCGGAGGGGGUUGGAAGCGCAGAGCCCUCCCUUCGGCCCCGUCCGCGUCGCGCACGUCGAGAAGCCAUGAGCCGCGAUUUCAAGCCCGGAGACCUCAUCUUCGCCAAGAUGAAAGGUUACCCGCACUGGCCGGCCAGGGUGGAUGAAGUUCCUGAUGGAGCAGUAAAGCCUCCUGCAAACAAAAUGCCUAUAUUCUUUUUUGGCACCCAUGAGACGGCGUUUUUGGGACCAAAGGACAUAUUCCCUUACUCUGAAAAUAAAGAGAAAUAUGGAAAACCAAAUAAAAGAAAGGGCUUUAAUGAAGGCUUGUGGGAAAUUGACAAUAAUCCCAGAGUGAAAUUCUCUCAUCAGCAGUCCCAUCCAUCUGUUAGCACUUCUAUCAAAGAAACUCUUCAAGAAAGCAGUCAGGAUUCUGCUGAGGGAAGUGAAGAAAAAUCAGGAGCCAAAAGGAGAAAGGCUGCUCCCCCAAAAUUGCUCUUUAAGAGGGAUAGCAGCUUAACUGCAAUAGAGGAAGCAGACGAAAAGGAGAUGGAUACUGCAAAAGAAGAUGAUGUACCUUCUGAAAGAAACAGUAAAGAAGAUGUGGUGAAAACAAGUGAUGCAUCUAUUCCUAAAGUUGCUAGAAGAGGAAGAAAAAGAAAGGCUGAAAAACAAGCUGAAGCUGAGGAAGCAGCAGUAGUGGCAACAGCAGCGGUUGCAGCAGCAGCUCCUGUGACAGUGUCUCCCAAAAGUAAGCCCCAAAGAGGAAGACCAGCAGCUUCUGAAGUAAAGAUUCCAAAACCAAGAGGACCCAAGUUGGUGAAAACACCUUGUAUUUCCGAGAGUGACCCCAUUAACUUCUUGGAGAAAGCAAAGAAAAAAGGACCAGAAGAAAAGUCUAAAAAACAAGGGAAGAAGGAUGAAGAAAGUCAGAAGGAAGAGGAGAAACCAAAGAAGGAAUUUGAGGAAAAAGAAGAAAAAGAGGCUGAACCAAAAAGGAAGAAUGCUGCAAAAGGGGUUUUUGCAUCAACUUCUGAUUCUGAAGAUGAGGGAGAAGAGCAAGAGGGUGACAAGAAAGAAAAAAGGAGAAGAAGCUUGCAGACAGCUCAUAGAAGAAACAUUAUGAGAGGCCAACAUGAGAGAGAGGUGACAGAACGAAAGCGUAAGCAAGAGGAGCAGACAGACUGUGAACCGCAGAGUAAAGAAGAAGGCAAGAAAACAGAAGUUAAGAAGAUGGAGAAGAAAAGAGAAACAUCAAUGGAUUCCAGGCUUCAAAGAAUACAUGCAGAAAUUAAGAACUCCCUAAAAAUUGAUAAUCUUGAUGUGAACAGGUGUAUUGAGGCUCUUGAUGAGCUUGCAUCUCUUCAAAUCACAAUGCAACAAGCUCAGAAACAUACAGAGAUGAUUCUAACUCUCAAGAAGAUACGGAAAUUCAAAGUUAGCCAAGUUAUCGUGGAGAAAUCUACAAUGCUAUAUAACAAGUUCAAGACCAUGUUUCUGGUCGGGGAAGGAGAUUCUGUUCUUUCCCAAGUACUAAACAAAUCACUUGCUGAGCAGAAGCAGCAUGAGGAAGCCAAUAAAACCAAAGAACAGUGGAAGAAAGGAAGUAACAAAAAAAUGGAAAAAGAAAAGGACCAAACAGGUUCAAAAGUUCUGAAUGGAGGAUCUGAAACUCAAGACACCACCGAAUCACAACACAAUGGAGAGAACACUGAUGAAAACAAAGACAAGCCUGAAGUUGGGAGUAAGAAAAAGAUAUGUGGCGAAGAAGAGCUUGAAAAAACAGCAAAAGAAUCUGCCUUCAAAAACAAAUGACACCAUUGGAGUCUUUUUAUAAAGGGGAUUGAAGAGGAUUGCUAAGUUUUGCAUUUGAAAUCUAUACACUGCUGAAAGUUUAAAUAAUUUUAUAAGCAUAGUAUUUUGAAGUUAAAUUUUGUGGAAUUAAAGCCCCUUUUAAUCUUGGUUUAAAAGUAUUUAAACACUUUUGCCAAUAGUUUUGUCCAGUAUUAACAGGUAACACAUUUCAAAAGAUUAAAAUUCCAUUUAGAGAAAAAAUGCUUAUAUGUUACAAGACUUAGAGUUGUAGUAUAUUUUUCUCUGACUACUGUAUGUUUGUCUAGUUAAUAGCAGGAAAAAGUGUAAAUACUUUUACUGCCUAAUUGCUUCAUUUGUAUAAAAUCUCUUCCUAUGAUACUGACCUCUGUGCAUAGUUUUUCAACUCUCGUGGGGAUGUCUUUUCACUGUGUUUUGUAGGAGCUGGAAGCAGCAUUUUUAUAGUUAAAAGGUUUACGUGUGAGUUUACUUAAUCACUUUCUUAAACAAGCUGAGUUUGUUCUUGCAAAACUUAUUGUGCCAAUGUAAUGGAAUGUGACUUCAUGGUAUGCAUUUGGUAUGAUAAGUAUGCUAGAAAGAUACCUGGUGUUUUCACCAAAGCUGCUGAUGCACACUGGUUGGAAAACAGUCUUGAACAAUUUCUAAAAUUAAAGAAUUUGAAGUGA